UCACAUCGCAUCCACCUCUCGCACGGUGCAGUCUGUGUUCUCCCGAGAGAGCGCCGCCUCCGAUCCACUCACCAUCCUGCAAAGAAAACUCACCAAACUCAACAGGAAGCUGAACGCGCCGGGAUCUACUUCACUUCACAGCAGCAUUGGGCAGAUUCUCUCCUCAUUCAAUGGGUCCGUGUGUUGUGCUGCUCUGCUCCAUGUUCGGGCUCCUGCUUGGCCAAGGAGCAGAGCAGGUCUCGAUAGAGGACUGCUGUAAGGAUGGACAGAAGCGAGGCAAUGAUAACGAAGACUGUGCAUCCCUCCCUCUCAUCUCUGGGUCAGACACAUGCAGGAUAGUGCAGGAGCAGUGCUGUGUGACAGUGCUCGAGGAUAACAUGUGCACCACUGGUAUCAACGUGGCCAAAGACCAAGGAUCCUGUGACUCUUUAUUCAGUAGCACCUGCGAGACCAAGACGACAAAGAUGUGCUGUGGCUGUUGUCUUCUGGGGAAGACGACCCAGGAGCAGGGCCUACCGUGCUAUAACAGCCUGUCUGUGGGCUACCAGUGUGGCCUGGUGUCCCGGGCUUGCUGCAUGGAGGGAGCCUCAGAUAACCAGACAGCACCAACAGCACAAACAGAGUUACCAAGCAAGGAUGUAACCAUUGAAAGAGGAGAUAAUUCAGUGUUAACCGACCAGUGUGAUGGGAAAUGUGCUCAUGUCUGUGUCGGCAACAACACCUGUGCCUGUUUGAAAGGCUACAAACUCAAACCAGAUGGGAAGAGCUGUGACGAUAUAAACGAGUGUCUGCUGGGAGCCAGUAACUGUCGGGCAGGACAGCGAUGCAUCAACAAAGAGGGCUCAUUCCGGUGCCAGAGAGAGGUCAGCUGUGGAACUGGCUAUGAACUCACUGACAACAACGACUGCAAGGAUAUUGACGAGUGUGAGGCUGGUAUCCAUAACUGUGGCCUGGUGUUUGAGUGCCAAAACAGCCAGGGGUCGUUCCGUUGUCUUCCCAAGGUCAAGUGUGGGGUUGGCUUCAUCCAGGAUGCCCUGGGCGAUUGCAUUGAUAUCAAUGAAUGUGUUAGCCACACCGGUCCAUGCAGCAGAGGACAGGUCUGUUUGAACACAGUUGGCUCCUACAACUGCCAGAGGAACUCUGUGAACUGUGGUCGGGGGUACCACCUUAACGAAGAGGGCACACGCUGUGUUGACAUAGAUGAGUGUAAGGGCCCUGAGAAGGUCUGUUCAGGUCAUGGUUGUAUCAACCUGGUGGGCUCGUACCGCUGUGAGUGUGGGAGUGGCUACAUCUUCAACAGCAUCAGCCGCACAUGCGAGGAUAUUAAUGAAUGCAGGCACUACCCAGGCCGCCUGUGUGCUCACAAGUGUGAGAACACUCUGGGGUCCUACAAGUGCAGCUGCACGACAGGGUUCAAGCUCUCCGCCGAUGGCAGGAAUUGUGACGAUCUGAAUGAAUGUGAGAGCAACCCAUGCAGUCAAGAGUGUGCCAACGUGUAUGGCUCGUACCAGUGUUACUGUCGCCGUGGGUACCAGCUCAGUGACAUCGAUGGCAUGACUUGUGAAGACAUUGAUGAGUGCGCUCUGCCCACUGGAGGUCAUAUCUGCUCCUAUCGCUGUCACAACACCCCCGGCAGCUUCCACUGUUCCUGUCCCGUCACUGGCUACACCCUGGCACUCAACGGUCGCAGCUGUCAGGAUAUUGACGAAUGCGCGGCGGGAACUCACACGUGUGCGGAGAACCAGAGCUGCUUUAAUGUGCAGGGAGGAUUCAGAUGUUUGUCCUUCGAGUGUCCAAACAACUACCGGCGUGCUGGAGAAACUCGAUGUGAACGCUUGCUUUGCAAUGAGUCUGUCGAGUGUCUGGCCAUGCCGCUGAGAAUAACCUACUACUACCUCACGUUCCCCACCAACAUUCCCGUCUUCACCAACAUCUUCCGCAUGGGCCCCUCUAACACUGUCCCCGGCGAUGACAUCGGGAUUGCUAUCACCGCUGGCAACGAGGACGGUUUCUUCAAGACGGAGCAGGUGCCCUCCGGCGGCGUAAUGUCUGUGGCGAAGCUCAUCAACAAGCCGCAUGACUUUGAUCUGUCCCUGGAGCUGAGGCUACGUCGCUAUGGCACGAUCAGCACAUACCUGGCCAAAGUGCUGGUGUUUGUUACCCAGGAGGAGCCCAGAGUACCUUACAACCCCCUACUAGAGUAAACAUGGGUGUUAAACAGGGAUACACCAGUUACUACACUCUUCAAAAAGAUGUGUCAUUUGGAAAUGGAUUGUCCCAGUAAGAAAACGCAAGUUUAUCCUCAAUGUAAGACAUGCAAAAUUAACAUAUGGUAUAUUGAUAGCAUAGCAAGGUGAUACAGUCUAGGCUGUAUUGUAACAUAAGGCAGAAAUAUACUGUAUGCAGUUAAAUAUAAAACAUCUGAUUUCCAAUCAGUGAUAAGUACCUUUACAAUUCACCAUCACUCGAUUCUCUCAUUCAUGGAUUAUACCAUUUACCAGACAACUCAGUUUGAAAUGUUUAUUGAAGCAGCAGCACAUAGAGUCUGGCAUCAAGGCUCCGACUUCAACACUUCCCAUAUAUGAGGACGUAGCUAUAAUGGUGAUAAGCAAAUAUAUAUAACCCCUAUGUCAGAGCCUACAGGUGGAAGCUAGGGUGGUGAAAGGGCUGAAUCGACAGGCAGUGAUAGGCAGAUCACUAUAGGAUACAGAUCUAGUAAGUACAAUCUCAACUGAUGUCCUAAUUAAGCCCAAACUGUCUAAAAGCCCCUAUAUUCUUUCUUAUCUGCAAAUUAUGUUGUCACCUUUAAAUCAACAAUUGUAUUCAACAAUAUGAAAAUGUGGAUUUUUCAAAAUAGUUUCAUAUUUUGUCAAAUAUAGUAUUCACUUUCUUCAUUUAGAUUUAGAUUUAAAAACAACACUCCCAUGUAUUUAAUGUGAUUAUGAAGCUACCACUAGCAGCUGGGUCAACUAGCUUAGCAUGAAGACUCUUAAUAUUGAACUAAAUCCACCUAGCAGCUCCUCCAGAGCUCUCUGAUGAACAUAUCUCAUUUUAUCAAUUAAAAUCCAAAAAGUAAAAUCAACCUGAUAUGUUCUCUGGAUCUGUUAUUUGGGGUCUUUGUAUGUCGGAUUAUUUCUCGAAUGUUCACAGUGACUCCCUGUAGUCCUCAUAACAAAAUUUUAUGCAAAGAACGUCCGAGCCCCCCCCUCCCUUUCCCCCCUGAAAAAAAAAAAAAAAUGAAUUGAUCACAUAUUAACCUCAAAUUUAAGAUGACACGUCAUUUUUAAGAGUUUAUACUUCAAUUCAAUAAAUUCAUAAAAUCUGAAUUUUUUAUUAAUCUAGUAUUUUACAUAAUCAACUUUUUUAACUGUAGACGUAAGGAGCCUUAUUCAGUAGUUAAAAAUGAAGCCGAACUGAAUGUAUUCUGGAGGUAAGGCACCAUGUUGGCCGCUAGGUGGAGUUCUAGGGCAGGGUAACUUUUAAAAUGGUACCGACAACUGAGUGUAAUUUGAUGAUGGUUGCAUGAUAAAAUAUAACGUUUGCAGUAUUUUAUGGUUUAUGUGCUGGAUGACGGUUUUCUAUUAAAAUUGAAAU